AUGCUCCCUGAGGAAGCCGCCGGCCAAGCGUUCGAGCUGUGUAGGCGUUGUAAGCGAGCGAUAUACGAGUAUACGAGUAUACGAUUCAACCUGUCUUACAGCCCAGCAAGUUGGAACAUCGCGACAUCACCCGCCGACAAGGAACCCGACGACUGGCUUCACAACCCAGAUCCUCGCCGCGACCGCAGGAUCGAUCAUGGGGGCACCAUUUUUACCCUUCGCGGUCUGAUCAACGGCGGGUGUAUACUCGUCUUGGCUGUUGGAUUGAUUGCCUUGUUCGCUGGAUGGCCCAUCGCAGAAUUCAUGACGAGAGAUGAUAAGAGCAAGGGUAAUACCAGCGGAGCCUACAAUCUAGGCGGUAUCAAUGCCACCGGUCAGCGCGGGACGUUGCCAAGGGGCUUUGGAUUGAUAGACUCGGACACACCUCAAGAAGCCUAUUUUCAUACCAGCUUGGAAACGGGCGAGCAAUGGGAGCUUGUCUUUAGUGACGAAUUUGAGCGUGAAGGGCGUACGUUUUGGGAAGGGGAUGACCCAUUCUGGGAAGCCGAGAACUACCACUAUUGGACGACGAACAACCUCGAGUGGUACGACCCUCGGGCAGUUACUACCGAAGGGGGAUCGCUCAAGAUCACCCUCAGCCGGACUCCAAAUCAUGGUUUGAACUAUACCGGCGGUCUCAUCAAUUCGUGGAACAAGUUUUGCUUCACAGGUGGCUACGUCGAAGCCAGCAUCUCGUUGCCUGGAACUAGCGACGUAUACGGACUUUGGCCCGCUUUUUGGUUGAUGGGAAACCUCGCUCGGCCUAGCUACGGUGGGACGACCGAUGGCAUGUGGCCUUACUCAUACGACACCUGCGAUAUCGGUACAUUGCCUAACCAAACACUUAACGGCAAACCCGAGGUCGCGCUUACGUCAGGAUCGCAAUACGAGCCGUACCUAGGUAGUCUGUCGUACCUCAUAGGACAGCGCUUCUCGGCGUGUACUUGCCCCGAUGAUCCCUCUCACCCGGGCCCAAAGAAGGCUGACGGAACGUGGAAAGCGAGAUCCGCGCCGGAGCUGGAUAUCGUUGAAGCUCAGGUCGAUCAUACCGAGCGUCGAGGGCAAGUAUCCCAGUCUGGUCAAUUUGCUCCGUUCAAUGCUGGAUGGUAUAUGAAUAACAUCUCCGGUGUCGACUAUGGUAUCAACGAUGACGAGGUUACCAAGUUCAAUACGUUCAACGGAAACGCUUAUCAACAGUCGACGUCUGGUUUGGCAUAUACGAAUCAGGAUUGCUAUACCGGUCCUAGAGGUACUGGAUGCUUGUCUAAGUACGGCGCCGAAUACGAAACGGGAGGAGAGGGCUACAUUCGAUGGGUCAACGACGGAGUAGAGUCAUGGUGGAUGACAGGCUCGGCUCUCCGUCCAGAUCCGCAGACACUAGUCGGACAGAGACUCAUACCGGAAGAGCCGAUGUACCUCAUCCUGAACCUAGGGAUCAGUCCCAACUUUGGCGCCAUCGACUAUGAAGGCUUGGAAGAAAUGUGGCCGGUCCACAUGCUCGUCGAUUAUGUUCGAGUAUAUCAGGAUCCCAAGAAGAUCAACGUCGGAUGCGACCCAGAAGGUUUCCCAACCACCAAAUUCAUCGCGGACAAUCUCGUGGCAUUCACAAACCCCAACAUCUCGACUUACGAUCAGAUUCCGGACAAGAUAUACGGCUGGCCGAAGAACCGAUUGAUCGUGAGUAGUCGUCUCAUACGCCACCCGAGCCUUCAAGCUGAAGAGGUCCAUCCCACCAGGACGAAUGUUGAUCGUGACGAAUCUGGCCUUUGCCCAUAG